UAGCUUUCAACCCCUCCGUCAUAAUCGCAACGGAGAGACCGAAACUGAAGCGAGAUAAUUUUCCAGAACACCUCAGCUAUAAGCGAAAUCACGAGAAUCGAUCGCAUUAGUAACACUCGGCGCGCGCCAAGGGUAAACACAAGAGAUCGCGACGAUGUCGGCUCCCGUAGAUACGAGCAAAGUGACAGAUUCAGGCGCCGAAUCGCCAACCACAGCGCAACCGCUUGAUAUGUCAGAUGAUGAGGUGCAGGAAUCCGGAAUAACAGGAGACGGCACCGUAUCACCAAUGCUUGGCUCAAGGCAAAGCUCAGAGGGCCCAACCCCUCCACCAAAGCCUCCGCGUCCCAUGACCGAGGCGCAGAAGAAUCAGAUCACUCUGAAAGAGGCAUUUCCGACAGUUGACGAUAAUGUCAUUAAAGCGGUCUUGAGAGCAAGUGGCGGCCAGGUCGAGCCCGCCUUCAACGCUCUACUAGAAAUGACCGACCCAGAAGCGGUUCUCAACGAGCCGCAAGAAGUUCCGCCCCAGCAGCCCCCAAGGCCUUCGCGAUCCCAGAUUGAAGCAGACGAGCUAUAUGCGCGCCAGUUGGCAGAGCACUACGAUAACGUCGGCGCCUACGAAGCUCGCACCUCCAACCGUGGCGGUAAUGGGCGCACAAGAUCGCAGCCCGGCUACGAAGGAGAGGAGCGAGAGCAUAGCUUUAUAGAUGACGACCUCCCAAUCAUCCGCGAGAACCUCCGACAGGGAUUCGUGGAGACUCAGUCGAAGGUCAACGGCUGGAUUAGUAUGAUGAAGAAAAAGAUCGAGGAGAAUUUCGACGAGAGUGACGAUGCUCACCGCAGCGAUGGGCCUCAGUAUCGCCAUGGUGGGCCUAGCAACAGGAGUACGGAUUAUGACGCAGAUCCGCAGGUGCUUAGUGAUGAUUUCGCUGGUAUGAAGUUCUCGUCGGACGGCACCCCUGCUCAUAACAUCCGACCGAUGGCCAAUACUGGCGUUUACAGACCACCUCCUUCAGCUUCACCGCGACCAGAGGGCCGAAGAGUGGGAUUCAAGGACGAACCUGAAGAGAUUAAGAUGUAUGAUGCUUCGCCAAAACUCUCUCCCAAGGGCGAGACCCCGGGCGCAACAGGGGCCAAGGCAAGCAAAUGGCAGCCGCUCUCUAGCGUGGAGCCAGAUCCGAUUACCGAUAACGAUCCUUUCAGCUUGGGAGAUAGUGAGGACGAGGGGGAGACAAAAGAGAAGCCGAAGGAUGGCAAGUUGGACGAUGCCGAGCGGUUGAAAAAGGCGGCUGCCGAGGCGAUGGCUGAUAGUCUGGUCGAUCCAGCGAAAGAAGGAGAUUCAAGCGCAAAGAAGAGCUGAUUGCUUGAUGAAGAUGAAACGGGAUGGAGUUAAAUUACCUUAAAAGUAAUCAAUGGCGAGGCUGCUCAUGUUUUUAAAAUCCUUUAUCUGUGCUGUUGCUUUCAAGUGGUAACUGAAAUUAAGCAACAGCAAUUUCCUGGUGCUUUGGAAGGUUUAUUACGAUUUUGGGUGACAUCGUUUAGUUUCGUACUGUAGAUGCUACCUGUUGAAUAGGAAGGUAAGAUUUAUGAAGACUACCUCCAUAGCUACUAGGUAGUAAUAUGCAUGACUGCGACGUCUUGAGUACGAUUAGCGAAUUGAAUCUGCUGCGCGCUUGAC